CUUUGCCCUAACUUCACGCUCUUCACGAUCUUCACGCGAUUUGGGCGCAUUCGGUCUCUGUUUCUCGCUUGCACUUGUUGCGGUCGGUCGGUUCGUUGAUGUGCUUGUGUUAUCGGUACUAUCGGUGCUAUCGGUUGCUCAAUUCUUAAAAUCGUGUCUCGUUUCUUUGAAAUCAAACACCAUGCCUGUUGAAAUUGUUGCCGGUGUCGAAUGCAAGAAAUUGCUAACUGAUGAAAUUGAUGGAGGUGAUUUAAGUGAGCUUGAAACCCAAUAUAAGAAAUUGAUGGCGUCCGAUUCGAAGUCGCUUCUAAAGAAACAUCUAACACAGGAAAUUUUUGAUAACCUCAAAACCAAGAAAACAACUUUCGGUUCUACUUUAUUUGAUUGCAUAAAGUCCGGGCUUGAGAAUUAUGAUUCUGGGAUAGGCAUUUAUGCCGCAGAUGCUGAGGCCUAUUCUGUGUUUGCUGAUUUAUUUGAUCCAAUCAUUGAAGAGUACCAUUCAGGUUUCACAAAAACUGACAAGCAUCCUGCCAAAAACUGGGGUGAUGUGAACUCCUUAGGCAACCUUGAUCCUACUGGAGACUACAUUGUUUCUACACGAGUAAGAUGUGGUCGUUCAAUGGAAGGUUAUCCAUUCAACCCUUGUCUGACAGAAGCCCAAUAUAAGGCUAUGGAAGAAAAAGUAUCCAGCACCCUUUCUGGGUUGGAAGGAGAAUUGAAAGGAAAAUUUCACCCAUUGACCGGUAUGCCGAAGGAUGUUCAGCAACAGCUCAUUGAUGAUCACUUCUUGUUCAAGGAGGGUGAUCGUUUUUUACAAUCUGCUAAUGCUUGCCGCUUUUGGCCAACUGGACGUGGUAUCUAUCACAAUGACGACAAAACUUUCCUUGUGUGGUGCAAUGAGGAAGAUCACUUGCGAAUCAUCUCUAUGCAAAUGGGUGGAGACUUAGGCUGUGUAUAUCGACGUUUAGUAAAUGCUGUGAAUGAAAUAGAGAAACAAAUACCGUUCUCUCAUGAUAGCAGAUUAGGUUUCUUGACAUUUUGCCCAACAAAUUUGGGAACUACAGUACGUGCUUCUGUGCACAUCAAGGUCCCCAAACUAGCUGCAAACUAUUCUAAAUUGAAAGAAGUUGCAGAGCGCUACAACCUUCAAGUUCGAGGAACACGUGGCGAGCAUACAAAGGCAGAGGGAGGGGUCUAUGAUAUCUCCAAUAAGAGACGUAUGGGGCUAACUGAAUAUGAAGCCGUCAAAGAAAUGCAUGAUGGAGUUGCAGAGUUGAUAAGAAUUGAAAAAGAAAUGUGAGUUACUGUAGUUCUAAACUGUAAUCUUUGGUUAGGUAUUAAAUUUGUACUGAAUUCACUGCAAAUAAAUAUAUUUUGAAAUUGAAA